UCCUGCCGUCUUUGGUUUUGGUAACACUAACAAGUAACGGAGAAAAGUGCAAGCGCGGCCACUGCUACUGUGCUAGGCAUCAAGCUAGUAAGUAACUUUCUUGCAAGCGUGGAGUCAAGUAGGAACCCGUAUUUUCUUAGGUAAACUAUUAUCUUUGCGUACCGUUACGGGUUGUCUUCUGCUGCUUCUAGCGAUUACCAACAGCUAGUCUACAUAACCUGGUUGCGUACUCUUGCUAUUACCGGCAUUGGUGUCUCCUCUUUCUUGCAACGCAUCAGAUCUCAGUAACCAGCCACGGACCACGGUGCACCGGUGACAGUGUUCUAGCCUUACCAACACUAGCUGUUCGUCCGCUCUGUCGGCCCAAGUCGUGCUGCAACCGACGAGCCGCUACUAGCCGUUGAAUCGAAUGUUGCGGACGACAAGAGGCGGUCGUCACAAUCACCAGCUCUCCUCGGGGAUCACUCCUGUUGCUCUGCAGGGCACGAAGAGCUUGCUAAAUUCUGUUCGCUCAUGAUCGUGUACGUGUGUGAGGCACCUUCCUGCCGUCGUCAUGAACCGCAAAGCAAAAAAUCGCAAUCCUGCCGAGUACGAACAACGGCCGCUGAUGGGACCUCCGCGCAACACGCGCCUGGAGAAUGCGUCCGAUCACGGGCAGUUUCAAGCACGCGCGCCCAACGUUGGCCAGUAUGCAGCUGCGGAUCGGUCGGAGCUACCGAGGAUCGGGCAUCCCAAUCCUUCGCAACGUAGACGGCCGGCUCCGGCUCCGGCAGCUGCUGACGGUCUAUUUGCGAGCGAGACAACGGUGCUGUAUCAAGACCCACAGUCGGGUAGCCGAAUGAGCUCUACCAUGCAAGACAUGAUCCAGAGAUUGCUUGCACUGACCAUGACAACAAUACCGGGUCAGGUGGAGAAGUUCCGGGCGGACGCGGCACUGCUGUCGCAGAGCGAGAUGCGAGAACGCAAGCAGUUGGUGGACGCUGUGAAGCACGUCGAUCGGCUCGUCGAGAAUCUGAGACGCGAAAGCUUCGACUCAAGGCAGCGUCUAACCGUACUCCAGGAUGAGGGUCGAAGAGGAAUGAAUUCCUUGACCAGGGCUAGCCACGGUCUUGACAGCCUCAGGAAAGAAUCCCACGAUCGGCUGGGCCGAUUGGAGAGCUCCGUUCGGCAGUUGAAGGACGAUCAGAAGGGCCAUGCUCAGCUGACGGAGAAAGCGAACGUGGGCCGCAGGAAGGAAGUUGAGGCCAUGGUGGAGAACAUAAAGGAACUCAACGAACAGAUUACACAGGUAACUGGACAACUAGCACAGCUGCAGAAAGACGAUGCUAUCAACCGUGAUAGGCUUGAUGAUAUCCUCGAAGAUCUGCAAAUCAACGGCAUUGCCAACGAGGAAACUGCAUCCAGCUACGCAGAGCUAAAGAGGUCCAUGGAGAAGUUGAGGAGAGAUGAGGCCACAGAGCACCAGAAGUUUGAGGAACUGGUUACAAAGAAGCUGAAGACCUGCAAGGGUAGGGAAGAGACGUGGCGCAAGGAUGUUGAGCAGAAGCUGGAGGUGGCCGCCCAGUCCAUGAUCGGGGAGGUCCGGAACGAGCAGUCGUGGCGCAGUCAUCUGGACAAGCAGCUGUCGGGACAGAUUGGACAGAUGGCUGACGCGCGCAAGCAUGCCGAUGACAUGAACCGAACGUUCAUCAAGCGCCUCGACGAGCUGGAGAAGCACUUUGCCGGACUGGUGGCGGAGAUGGAGAAGAGUCGUGACACUCUGCGGCAAGACCUCAAGGCAGAGCUGGGCAAGAUGAAAGAAGCAGUUGUGGUGCUCUGAGCCAGAUCUCUCCUACUGGUAAAUCUCUGGUACCAACUCCGCGUGCAAAACUAAUAUGCAGAUUAUCGAGGACAUUUCCAAGCUAAGUCGUCGGUGCAGAUCUUUGCUACUGCCGGCAGGGCAGACACAAAGGUGGUCAAUUCUCUGAUUGCAUGCACUUGCUGCGGACACCUUUUUGUUUUGUCUUUUCCUGCUCCAUUCAUGUGUACAAUGUCUUAGCGUGGAUAUGUGGAUGGAACAUAAAGUAUAUGUGUCCCUAUGAUUCAUGGCCACCAAAAUACUAUUGUUCGGUCCUACCAUACAAUCAUCAUGUAGAAACACAAUAGCAUAUUAGUACAGGAUGCUGCAGUAUCGGGAACGGGAGACUAAUGCAUCCCAGGUUGGCCAUUGGUGCUCAUGGUCUAAAAUCACAUCCUGCAUUGUCAUGUCAUGAUUCCAUUUAGAUGUCAGCGACUAUUUAUUCAACCCAAGCGUCGGAUCCAAUUGUCUUUGGACGAUCAUGAUACCCCUAUUAUAUUUCCUCUGUUUAUCACAUCUAUUUACCUUGCUGUAUUUAUUUACCGUUUACCUUACCAUAACGCAUGUUGUGCUUCAACUAACAGCGACUUCACUU